AUGGAUCCCACACCACCUUACGAUGAUAUUCUGGACGACGAGACACUAGCACCGCUCAAGAGGAAUCACGCCUGUCUGCAGUGUAAGAAGAGGAAAGUGAAAUGUGAUGCUACAAAACCGACCUGUUCCCCUUGUCUACGUUCACACGCACACGCUGUCCGUUCGGCUCAUCGUAACGGAACUUCACCUCCCGUCCUCACUUGUACCUACGCGGAAGGGGAUUCGCCUGAACCUGGAACUUCAGAGGAAGGUAAACCUAAGAAGAAGAAAUUAAUCGGUGGAAAUAGUUCCUCAAAUCAUGCAGGUGUCAAGAGGCAUCAGGUCGCACAAGGGAAGAGGGAUACCGAGGAUGAGGAAAAGGAGGUUUUGAAAGCCAGAAUCGCCGAGCUCGAAGCUAGAUUAUCGGUUCUUACACCCCCAAGUUCGCACUCGAACAUAGAAGCUUCCUUACCGAUCACGAGUUCCUCGACUUACAACACCGUCGUGAAUGAUAUGCCAUUCUCAGCCACAGUCUCACAAUUCUCAAGCUCAUCGUCACGUCAGACAAGUGCCAGAGUCGAGCCGGUCCUGACAGAUAUUGGAUCGGGAGUCGAAUCUUAUAACAUACCCAUCAUAGGAAUGGAUACCAACAAUACUGUCCCGCUUACUGAACCUAUAGGAAACUUCAGCGGAUUAGACGAUUUCUUCAUCGUACCGAAAGAUUGGCCUAAAGGUCUACCUCUGCCAUUCCUACUUGAGCAUCUCGUUGAAACUUUCUUCAAUUACGUACCGCAGACUCCAAGAAUGUUACAUCGAGCGACCUUAUUGGCAAGGAUCAAAUUACCUCCCUCCUCGCCCGAUUUCCCCUUCCCGGGUUUGUUACAUGCCAUUUGCGCUUCAGCGGCGACAUAUACCGCAUGGGUCAACAAUCUUGCCCCUCAUCUCCUGGAAGAAGCUGUCCAAAGACAUCUCGCUUUGGGUCUCGAUUUAGAAACCAUAGAUGAUUUCGGUCUGGCCCAAGCUCACUUGGGUAGUAAAGCUGUGGACAUAACUACCUCAGUGUGUAUUAUGGGCAGUGGAGCGUUGAUUUUCCAGUUGACUCAGACAUGCAUUUUACUGGGAGAUGUAUACUAUCAAAAAGGUUUCCCGAUGAAAGGAUGGAUGAUAGGCGGACAACCAGCACGACUCCUAUCAGUGUUGGAAUUAUGUAACCGUCAACCUAAAUCGAACAGCCACAAAGAACCUCUUCUGAGUCCACCGGAAAGUGAUAAAGAACGUGAAGAAAGAUUAAUCACGAGCUGGAUGGCGUUCGUAGUGGAUGCAGGAUUCACGAUCAACAGUAGUUGGGCACCAGCCAUGGCGUUGACCGAGAUGAAAUGCAACUUCCCCACCAGUGCUCAAGAUUGGGACAAGCUGGAUGGAAUGGCCAAGAAUCCCCAGCAUGCCGGUUCAUUAGAUUUAUACUAUUCCCAUCCCGUCGAAGAUUCAUUUGUUUUCGUGAUCAAAGGCAGUGCAAUCAUGUCUCAAGUCGCUCAGUGGCUAAGGAAUUGGCAACAAAGAGAAAAGCUGCCGGACGACGAGUUGACUGGGCCAACGAUGGAGUCUUUCAAGUUGCUCAGUCACAGUAUAGAAGCUUUCAGCACGAGUCUACCCGCGUCUCUGAAGAAUAUCUGUCGACACCUAGACACUCAAAUGAUGGCAUUCGACGCCAACCUACUUGCGAUCCACCUCAUACCGAACAUUGCAACCUGUCUACUUCAUGAACCGUUCAUGCAAUGGCUACCGUACGAUCCCUCGACCAUGGCCGUGCAAAGAGCCUACGAUUCGAUCAUGGCGAUCCUACAUCUCAUACCGAGCAAUCUAGACAUCACCUUGAUCUUGACCCCUUUCUUGGCAUUGUCUCUGUACACAGUCGGGAGAUUUAUAUCAGAUUUUACCAGACAUGCUGAAUCAACUGGACAGGACCAAACGGCUCUCAGGUAUCGUUCAGAUCUGAGGACUUUGAUUAACAUCCUUGAGAGAUAUGGUCAAAGACAUCCUCUGGGAAAUGCGAUGGUACAUUUCCUCGAAAAUUACAUGCAAGCUACAUCAAAGAACCAACCGAUCAACCCUGAUGGGUUCUGUAAAUUGAAUACGAAGAGAAUCGAAUAUUCAACUUUGACUCCGACUGACGAGUAUAACAUCGAAACAAUAUAUCAAAACAAGAUCAAUCUCCAUAACGACAUAGCGCAGAAGUAUCCUGGUGGUAUCGUCAAUGGUGAAAUUCAAAUAGGUUAUGAUAACAGCAGAGCGCCGACCGAAAGAUCGACUUCGAUCAGUGGGAUAAGUCCCAAUACUAUCAUUUCCUCUGCUUCGGGAUCAGGAUCAUCCAACCAACCUACACCUGAAAGUAUCAACAGUCUGAACUUCAAUUGCGGCAAUCCUAGCGGUUGUCUGUUCAAUCUUGAGAAUCCAAAUGUAAAGGCGAACGAGAAUCGACAACAGAAUGGGAUAGAUAUUUCAGAAUCAGCCAAUACUUUAUACAAAACUGCUUCCAAUUGGGAUACCAACCUAAAUUCUAAUGACAAGACCAACACUACUCCGCCUGCAGGCGAUGCAUUCGAACAUUGGAGUAAAUCUUUUCAUACGAAUACGAUCAAUCAAUUGAAAACCCAACCUGGAGCUCAACUGCCUUUAAUGACUUUCUUAGGUAAUUUAGGAACAGAUGAUGCGAUCCAACCUUUACCUAUACCUGUUCCUUUACCUGGGUCGAACCAGGAUUGGAAGGAUAACGUAAUGGAUCCAUUCAAGAUCCCUUCAAUUGGAAUGAGCAGUAAUCAGAAUAGUAAUCAUAAUUAA